AUGAUAAAUAUCAUAAUAAAACGUUCAUUGAUACCUUAUUGCUCUAUUGGUAAUUCAAUAUCGAAACGAUAUCUAUCAAGUGAAUCUGCUGAUGUAUUUAAAUUACAAGAACGUGGAUUUUUUUGUGAUAACCUAACUGACACUGACGAUAACCUUAGAAAACUUGUCACAUCUAAAAAGCAGUCCAUCUACUGUGGAUUUGAUCCGACAGCAAAAUCAAUACAUAUUGGUAAUUUAGUCGGCCUCAUUGGAUUACUGCAUUGGCAACGAGCAGGUCAUCAUCCUAUUGCACUCUUAGGCAGUGCCACAGUACUAAUCGGUGAUCCAUCUGGACGAUCGACGGAACGCAAACAAAGCUUGAGUAAUGACGAUAUUGUAUCAAAUACGGAGAAUAUUGAACGUUUAAUACGAUUGAUAUUUCAAAAUCAUGAGAAAUACUUUUGGAAAGAGCAGCAGAAAAAACUUAUGCCGUUGACGGUAGUAAAUAAUUUAUCAUUCUAUGAAAAUAUGAAUACGAUUACGUUUGUUUCAACAUAUGGACCACAUUUUCGAAUGAACCAAUUACUGUCACGAAAAGUUAUUAAAACUCGUAUUGAAACCUCUCACGAUGGCCUAGGCUACAAUGAAUUUAGUUACCAACUUUAUCAAGCGUACGAUUGGUAUUGCUUAUUUAAACAGUAUGAUUGUCGUUUUCAGCUCGGGGGCGUUGAUCAAAUAGGUAAUAUGCGCAGUGGUCACGAUUUUAUAUCUCGAAUGACAAAUUUCGAGGAAGACAGCUAUGGAGUAACUGUGCCAUUGAUAACCACUGAGAGCGGUGAAAAAUUAGGUAAAAGUGUUGGCAAUGCUUUGUGGCUUGACGAAAAUCUCUCUAGUCCUUAUGAAUGUUAUCAGCAUUUUAGAAAUACGCCGGACUCAAAAGUAGAAGAAUAUUUAAAAAUCUUUACAUUUCUUCCGUUGAAUGAAAUUCAACAGCUUAUGGAAGUACAUCGAAGUAAACCUCAUGAAUAUGCUGCUCAAAUCAAACUAGCCAAACAAAUAACAUUAUUAGUUCAUGGAGAACAAGGACUUGAAUCAGCAAUACGUAGUACACAAGCCAUGUUUGCACAAAAUAUUGAUUUACUACAUAAUUUAGUCGAAAAAGAAAUCAAUGGUUUAUCUGCCAGCGUUCCGACAAUUCAAAUGUCACUUAAUCCAGAACUCACACUACUCGAUGUUUGCAUGUCUGCGAAAUGUUUUUCAAAUGAAUUGGUUGCACUUAAAGUCAUCAAUGAUGGCGGUGUUUAUGUGAAUCAUAAAAAACUAUCAAACCCUCAGGCAGUACUCGUCUUUGGUGUUCAUAUAUUACCCAAUAUGAUUACUGUAUUACGUGUUGGAAAGAAAAACUUCUACAUGAUUCGAUGGACAAAUGUUGACACAUCAUUGCGUCAAGAAGUUUAG